GCAUGCGGUAGUUGCUUCCUUGACUUUUGAACAAAAGUAGUAGAAGGAAAAAAUGUUUAGAAAGUAAAAGGAUGUGCAAAGUCACAUGUGAGUGAAGUGCAAAUAUGAAGAAAGUCGACACUUAAUCACUAAAAAAAAGUUAAUAAAAAAACCAAGAAAAAAAAGAGCACGAUUUUAGUGAAACUAUUUUGAAAGUGAUUCAAGAACUUUAUAAUUAAAAAAAUUACAUAUAAGUAUACAUAUAUUUUAUAUAUCUACAAAGCAAUAAUGUUCUCGAAAAUAUACAUAUGGCUCUUCACAGCUGUAAGCCACAUUGCCUUCAUAGCAAGUGGUUAUGAAAUGAAUAUGACUGAAUAUUUUAAAAUGCCAAAUCUUUAUGAAUUCGAUGAUUACGAUCGCUGUUUACAAGAAUUUAGUAAAAGCCGUGAAACAUAUUGCUUCGUACGAGCAGAGGUGCUGCCGCAAAACAACUCGGAGGCUUGGCACGCCAUCGCUGAGAUAUCGAAAUAUAAUAAACAUCAUUUUGAUCAUCGGCACUUGUAUUUCGGUUUAUGUUUGCGCUGGUGUAAAGAUGAUUUAGCCGAAGCUGGCGUUGAUGUGGUCAAAGAACUCUACACUGGUUUACUCACAAACAAUACAAAGCUGAAUACAUACGUGAAUUUGUUUACCGCCGAGGAGUCAAAUCGUCAGCAAUAUAAUACUAUUUUGAAUCAAUGCAUUAACUUGAAAUUGUUGCCGAGUUAUGGCUUAAGAGCCGUUAGCAUGAUUGAAUAUUGCGAAACAAACCACACGGUUGUGGAAAUGGACACGUGGAAUCUCAUCUUUUACGCCGUCACUUUUGUGCUAAUUUUAUUAGUCGCUGCCAGCAGUUUAUUUGAUUUUUAUCUCAAGCAAACACCUAAUGAUAAAGAUAUUUCCAAAGAGGAUCACUAUAAAAGCGCCGUGGCUGGAAUAGGCAACAAAUUAUGUGUGAGCUUUUCAAUCACUCGCAAUUGGUAUCGCUUAAAUCAGGAGCCGGUCGGAAAAUUGGGACGUGAUUUACGCUUCCUUGAUUGCUUCAAAUUUUUCUGUAUGUUCCUGGUGGUGUUUGCUCAUACCAAUUGGAUACUCUAUGAGGGUGCUAUAAGCAAUCCACAAGAUAAUGAGCGCUUGCUGCACACAGUGGCGGGUACACUGCUAAUAUCCGGUGGUUUGAUUACGAUUACAUUCUUCGUAUUUAGCGGAUUGUUGUUGACAAUCAAUUGGAUAGCAUUGACGAAGCAGAAAAAUGAGUUGAGCAAUAUGGAAUAUGUAGGGUUGUUUAUUAAAUUCAAUUUAUUUCGCUAUUUGCGUUUAACCAUACCAUACGCUUUCGUUAUACUACUGAGUGGUGUUUACUUUGAGAACCCUGGUGGCCCACUUUGGCGGCACAUUGUUGAACGUGAACAACUCGCUUGUCGCAAAAAUUGGUGGGUCAAUCUGCUCUACAUCAACAACUAUUAUAGAAACAAUGAAAAGUGCAUGCUCCAGAGUUGGUAUUUGGCAUCUGACACUUUUUCCUUCAUCAUUUCAUUGCUCUUGCUCAUGAUGGCACACAAAUGGCCACAGAUACGUAAUUGGCUGUUCGGUUGUGUUGGCGGCUUCUUCUAUGUACUGCCUGGAUUUAUAGCAUAUUUUGGCGAAUAUGAUCCAUUUUUUGUACCAUCACCACAAACCCAGAAGGACUCGUUUAUCGAUGAUCGCGAAUUCAGUGAAUUUUAUGCACCAUUUCAUAUGAAUUUCGCUUGCUAUUUAUGCGGUGUACUCGCCGCCAUAGCAAACGAUGAAAUUACAACAAAACAAUUCAAAUUGCAUAAAUAUAAAUUAUUUCAAUGCCUCUGGUAUGCGCUAAUACCAUUUGGCGUCUUAUGGCUCUUUUCGGCACAUCCAAUUUAUCAGCAUUACUAUGAGGAUCAACCUCGUUUUUGGAAUAGUGUUUAUGCCGCCAUACAACGCAACAGUUGGGCUUUGGGUUUGGGCGUUUUCGUUUUAGGCAUGUCAUGUAAAGUAGGAGGUCUAUUUCGCAAAUUCUCUUACUUGCCCAUAUUCCGCAUAUUGGGUCGUCUAACAUACGGCGCCUUCGUUAUACAUAUAUUUGUGGCACGCAUAGUUUUGGGAACAUUGCGCACACCACUUUAUUUCGGUCCAGGCAUUAUGAUUUACUUUGUACUCUCCACGUUGGUAGUUUCUUAUUUGCUCUCACUGGUAUUGGCAGUAUUAGUUGAAUUACCUACAUCCGCUUUGCUCAAACUUGUGCGUUGAAUUUAAAUAACGCAAUUGUGGCUUCAAAAUGGCUUAAUUUUUAAAGACUUAUUUCACAAAAUCAAUAUAAUA